CUCAACGAGCAGGGCCGCCACCCGGAGUCCUGCGGUGACUUCACCAUCCUCCUCCCACAUCUUCCUCGGCUGCAAGUUCGGCGCAUCCGCCGUCAACAAGGCAGGCCUCGCCAAACUUAUGACUGUUUUAUGUUGUCCUUGCCUUUCUGAAUGAUGCACAGUAUGGUUGCUGAUGUCCACCGUACCUUGCUAUAUGGAGGCAUAUUUUUGUACCCUUCAGACAAUAAGGGCCCAAACGGAAAACUCCGUGUUCUGUAUGAAGUCUUCCCGAUGUCAUUCCUGAUGGAACAAGCUGGAGGUCAGGCUUUCACAGGCAAACAAUGGGCCCUUGAACUUGCUCCCACUAAGCUUCAUGAGAGAUCAAUAUUCCUCGGGAGCUACGAUGAUGUGGAGGAGAUCAAAGCAUUGUACGCUGCAGAGUCAAGCACUGCUUGAUCUGUCUGCCUGAGGAGUAAGGAUCAAUGUUACUUGGUCAUCCGUGUCCAUAUUUUUUUCCGAAUCGAACACUCGGAAUCUAAGUUGGAUUCUGACACUCAUGUCGGAUUCUGAUUUGCAUUUUGUGUAUCCAAAUUUUUUUUAUUAAAUCGGACAUCUGAAUUCGAGUCGGAUUCUUACACCUAUAUCUGUAUCUAGGUAACACUGGUAAGGACACAUGCAUCAUUCUCUGGGCAUCCACAUUGUAACUCUAUUGAUCAGAUAUUUAUUUGCUAUUCUUGGACUUGAUGUAAAAUUCACUCUAUACGGACACAGUACAAGU